AUGUCCACGAAGAUUAUUGCGGAUAAAAGCGAAUUCCAUUUAUUAACUGAUUUAAUUUCACGACUUAAAGAAGAGAAUGAACUUCUUAAAAUACGUGUCAAAGAACUAGAAGAGAAACUCGAACAGAAUUCGAAAAUUAGUGAGCCAAUAAUUUCUGAUAAAGUUCCAGCAAAAGCUAAUUUAGCAAAAAAUGACCUAAGCUUGGCCGAAUAUACUCGAUACGGUCGACAACUCAUUCUACCAGGUUUUGGAAAAUCAGGUCAAUUGAAACUUAAAAAUACUUCAAUAUUGUUAGUAGGUGCUGGAGGUUUAGGUGCACCUGCAGCCAUUUAUCUUGCCGCUGCAGGUGUCGGCAAACUUGGAAUAAUUGACUAUGAUACUGUGGAGAAAUCAAAUUUGCAACGUCAGGUAAUACAUAAUGAAUCACGGGAGGGUAUUUCUAAAGCACAAUCGGCAAAGAUGACUAUUGAAGGGUUAAACUCUUUAUGUCAAUGCGUUGCGUACGAAAUCCUUUUGGAUAGUUCCAAUGCACUGGAAAUAAUUGAAAAAUACGAUAUAGUUAUUGACGCGACUGAUAAUGUUGCUACGCGUUAUCUACUUAAUGACGCGUGUGUGAUGACCGGAAUUCCUUUGGUCUCUGGCAGUGCCUUACGUAUGGAUGGUCAAUUAACUAUAUAUAAUUACAAAGGAGGACCUUGUUAUCGAUGCCUAUUCCCUAAACCACCUCCACCAGAAAGCGUAUUAAAUUGUGCUGAUGGUGGAGUUUUAGGAGUCGUGACCGGAAUUAUUGGAUGUUUGCAAGCUUUGCAAGCAAUCAAAAUUGCUACAGAUAUGAAUGGCGAUCCUCAUAAUCUUUUGAUUUUUUCGGCUACAUCAUAUCCGCUGUUUCGAUCCAUGAAAUUGAGACCGAAAAAGAAGGACUGUGCUGUAUGUGGCGAACACCCUUCUAUAACUGAAUUGAUUGAUUAUGUUCAGUUUUGUGGUAGUGGAGCAUUAGAUAAAUCACCUACGGUCGAGGUAUUGGGGAAUGACAAUAGGAUUGAACCCAAGAUAUAUCACGAUUUGCGGAAUAAAGGUAUAUCUCAUGUUUUAAUUGAUGUGAGGGAAACGAUACAAUAUAAUAUUUGCAGUUUACCUAAUUCAAUUAAUAUUCCUUUGAACGAUCUCCCCAAAAAGAUUGAAGAAGUAAAAAACUCGCUAGAAAAACCCAACACACCAGGAAAUGAUUCACAACAUGCAGUGAAAAUAUUAAAAAAUGAAUUGAAAGGCGACAUUAAAGAUAUUAUUGGAGGAUUAUAUAAAUGGUCCUUAGAUGUUGAUCAAGAAUUUCCUAUAUAUUAA